AGAGAAUUUAGUCUGCGAUGAAACAUUAAACUGAUCUCAUCAGAGCAUUCUGGAUUUCAAGAUUCACUGAUAAAAGAUGGCAGCUGCCAGCAGUCUCCUCUCUGAAGAGCAGUUUCUAUGUUCCAUCUGUCUGGAUGUGUUCAUUCGCCCAGUCACCAUACCAUGUGGACACAACUUCUGCAAGAAAUGCAUCACACAAUACUGGGACAUAAAUGUACAUAAACAUGAGUGUCCCUUGUGCAAAGAGAUGUUCAUCAGAACACCUGCGCUGUGUGUGAACCUGGUCUUAUCUGAGAUGGCUGAUCAGUUCAGACAGUCAGCUCAAGAAAAAGCCAGAAGUGUAGAGCAAAAACGAGCCAAAGAUGGAGAUGUUCCCUGCGACGCUUGCACCGGAACCAAACUGAAGGCUCUGAAGUCCUGCCUCGUGUGUCUGGCAUCAUAUUGUGAGAUUCACCUGGAGCCUCAUCACAGGAUCCCAGGCCUGAAAAGACACGAGCUGAUCAAUCCUUUAAAGAACCUGGAAGACAGAAUGUGUAAGAAGCAUGAUAGGCCUCUUGAGCUGUACUGCAAGACUGACCAGAUGUAUUUGUGCCAUUUGUGCAUUGGGACAGAUCACAAGAGACAUCAUUUUUCUCCUCUGAAAAAAGAAUAUGAGCAAAAGAAGGCGAUGCUGGAGAGAGAUGACGAUGAGAUUGAACAGAUGAUCCUGGAACGACGGCUGAAGAUUCAGCAGAUUAAGCAAUCAGCCGAGCUCAGUCGGGAAGAUGCGAACAGAGAGACUGCAGAGGGUGUGGAGAUCUUCACUGCUCUGAUCCAGUCUGUUCAGAGAGGUCUGGUUCAGCUCACUGACACAAUCCAAGAGAAGCAGAAAACAACAGAGAAACGGGCUGAAGGCUUUGUCAAAGAGCUGGAAGAGGAAAUAUCGGAGCUGAUGAAGAGAAAAGUUCAAGUGGAGCAGCUCUCACGCACGAAAGACCACCUCCAGUUCCUCCAAAGCUUCCCAUCCCUGAACACUGCUCCACCUACCAAAGACUGGACGGAGGUCAGAGUUCACUCAUCAUAUGAGGGGACUUUGAGGAGUGCUGUGGCUCAGCUGGAGGAGACACUCAGUAAACAGAUGAAGGAGUUGUGUGCUGAUACUGAGCUGAAGAGGGUCCAGCAGUAUGCAGUGGAUGUGACUCUGGAUCCUGAUACAGCGCACCCAGCUCUUGUCCUGUCUAAAAAUGAGAAACAAGUUAGUUGUGGCGAUGCAAAGAAGAAUCUGCCUGAGAACCCAAAGAGGUUUUCCUCCAGUCCCUGUGUCUUAGCAAAGCAGGGUUUCUCUUCAGGCAGAUUUUAUUAUGAAGUUGAGGUUAAAGGGAAGACGAAGUGGGAUUUAGGAGUGGCCAGAGAGUCCAUCAACAGGAAGGGAUAUAUCGCAGCGAGCCCCCUGACAGGCCUUUGGGUUAUAUGGCUGAAGAACGGACAUGGGUACAAAGCUCUUGAUGAGCCUGGUGUGCCUCUCUCUCUGAAGUCGAGGCCACAGAAGGUGGGGGUCUUUGUGGACUACGAGGAGGGUCAGGUCUCCUUUUAUGACGUAGAUACAGCAGCUCUCAUCUACUCCUUCACUGGCUGUAACUUCACUGACAAACUCUAUCCGUUUUUUGGUCCCUGUAUGAAUGAGGGGGGUAAAAACUCUGCCCCCCUGGUCAUCACGCCUGUCAGUUACACAGUUUAGACUUUGAUAUUCACAUCGAAGAUGCUUUAUGAAAGACUAUCAAUAAUAUAAUAACGUAUAAUUUCAUUUCACCAUGUACUUCAUAUCUCAUUGCAAGUUUCUUUAAUGUAACAUACUGCUGCAAUACAACUUUCCAUAUACUAGCUUAUUAUUCUGUUCUAAUGUCGAUGUUUGUAAUAGUGUCAUGUGAA